AUUUGCACUUCCGGCUGUUUAAAAACCCUCGAAGUGGAGGAAGGAGGUGUGGGAGGGAUUUUUGCAGCGAUGGAAGCUCGGCAGCAGAUAUCGAAGUCUAGGGUUCUGAAGGUUGAAUCGAAAGAAUCUUGGGAGUCGUUCAUGGCUCAGGCCAAGAAUCAGGGUUCCUCUGUUUUUGUUCAUUUCAGUGCUUCAUGGUGUGUUCCAUCGCUUGCCAUGAACUCCUAUGUGGAAGAGCUUGCUGCGAUUUAUCAGGAUAUACUUUUUCUGAAUGUAGAUGUUGAUGAAGUCAAGGAAGUUGCUUCAAAAAUGGAGGUGAAAGCUAUGCCCACUUUUAUAAUACUCAGAGAUGGAAUCCCCGUGAACAAAAUGGUUGGAGCCAACCCUGAAGAGCUAAAGAGAAGGAUCGAAGUUUUGAUGAACCAUUAGUGUGAUUAUUAGUAUCUGUAAUGUUGUGUGGAAAUGCUUUAAUUUAUGUAUAGUUUUGUCAUAUAAACUUGUUUUCCUGUGGCUCUCCUUUGUUAUCAAGUGAGUAUUACUGCUGCUUUAUAUUUACAA